UGCUCCUCUCCUGCUGGCGUAUGUACUCUUCCCUUCCUCUCUGCUCUCUCCUCUUUAUCCGUCCUUAUAAGCUCGGUGUGGGGACGAUAAAAACAGAAGAGCGAUGACCGUGACUUCAAACCCGCCCCCCUCUCCUUCCUUUCCUUCGUCUCUCCAAACCUCUUCCCCCUCGUCCUCCAACCCGUGGAACCGCAACCCCGCCGGCACUCUCCCCGCCCCUCUUUUGGGCGGUCCCUCCUCCUGGCCCCCUCUCCCCUCCUCCUCCUCCUCCUCCUCCUCCUCGUCUCAGAUCCACGCCGCCGUCAACGCCACAUCCAUGGCCACCGUGGAGAAAAACCCCGACGAAACCGCCUCACCGGAGGCGAUCGAUCCCCCAUCAACAUCAGCCCCCGAGCCCAGCUCCGAUCCUUCGCCUGCCUCUGCUCCUGAGCCUGACCCACUACCCGUGCAGGAACCGACUGCACUGUCAGCAGAAAUCGACGCCGCUCCGAGACCCUUUGCUCCGCGGCGGCGGGGGCCCAACCACGCCGCCUCGAACCACCAGCGUGGCAGGAACCACAGGCCCCAGCACGGCGGAGGAAGCCGCGGCCCCUUCUUCCCCGGCGCCAAUGGCAGGAAUUUUAAUGCCCCCCCGGCCGCCAGUUGGAACCCGGGUUUUGGCUUCGGCUCAAUGUGGCCGCCGCACCAGUUCAUGGGAGUUCCCGUUGGUGUUCCCCUCCCAGGUGGCCCCCCUCUAAAUUAUUAUGAUGCCAAUUUGCCUCCAAUUCCUGUACCUCUUACUCACUAUGGGGGUUCCUUCUAUCCAGAACUGAACGGGCCUUUUUAUCACUUCCCUCUUCUGCCGCCCGGUGCUCUGCCUCUUGGUGUACCACCACCACUACCACCUAUGUAUGAGGACCCAAAGGUGGCUCUUCCACCGACACCACCACCACUACCACCUAUGUAUGAGGACCCAAAGGUGGCUCUUCCACCGACACCACCACCACCAUCUAUGAAUGAGGACCAAAAAGCGGCUCUACUGGCGGCGCUGCGCAAGCAGAUAGAAUAUUACUUCAGUGAUCAAAAUUUGGUUCGAGAUGUGUACUUGAAGAAGCAAAUGGAUGAUGAAGGCUGGGUUGAUAUCCUGACGGUUGCAAAGUUUCCUAAGGUUGCCACAAAAACAACGGAUUUAAAAGUGAUUGAAGAAGCAUUGUCCUCCUCUGAUAGUGUAGAGCUCCAAGAGAGCAAGUUGCGGAAGAAAGAUGGAUGGGCUAGAUACUGUACACCCAAAAAUUACGUUCAUUUAUUUUGAAAUAUCGCAGGUCAAUUAUCUGCGAAGAGAGAGAGAGGUUGGAAUGAACGGUUGCUAGCACACUGCUGCUGAAUUAACAUCAUUGCAGCAAUAAUCACAGCAUGAUGUCUUAUGAAGCACCUUGUUUCACUGUCAAUAUUAACCCUAUUUGUUUCUGCCCUGACUUUUUUGAUGUUCUAUUCCAUCAUGACUGGAGAGAGCAAGAAAGGGCAUUUCACUGAUGGUUGUAUAUUCUUAAGAGUCUACCUUACAAUUCAUUUGUGUACUUGAUUUAUUAUAUUUAUACAUUUUGUUUGAACUUGACAUAUUCUGCUUA